UGACCAUCACACAUUCACGUAACAAACACUCCGGUGAAUAAGCUGACUUGCUGGAAAUGUUCGAGGAGCUCACAUUUGUCUGACAGCGCGCUGCGGUGGAAGAUCGGAGCAAAGUGAAGCUGCACAAAAAAAAAUUCAAUAAAAGCAACAGAGAGAGAGAGAGAGAGAGGGAGAGAGAGAGAGAGAGAGAGAGGAGCAGGAUUCCUGAUUAGAACCAGUUUACUCCAUUGAAGGUUGUGCUGCGGCAGGACGCUCCCUGGUUUAGGGCACAAGCUGCCAUGCCAUUUGGUUGUCUCACACUUGGGGAGAAGAAGGAUUACAACAGUCCCUCGGAGGUGACUGACAAAUAUGACCUGGGACAAGUCGUUAAAUCAGAGGAGUUUUGUGAGAUAUUUCGGGCGAAGGACAGGAACACCUUGAAAAUGUACACGUGUAAAAAGUUCCACAAAAAGGACGGAAGGAAAGUGAGGAAAGCGGCCAAGAAUGAGAUAAUGAUCUUAAAGAUGGUAAAACAUCAUAAUAUCCUUCAGCUGGUUGAUGCAUUUGAAACKAAGAAAGAGUACUUCAUAUUUUUGGAGCUUGCAACAGGAAGAGAGGUCUUUGACUGGAUCUUGGAUCAGGGUUACUACUCAGAGAGGGACACCAGCAACGUUAUGAGGCAGGUGCUGGAGGCUGUGGCUUACCUGCACUCUCUGAAAAUUGUCCACAGAAACCUAAAG